AUGCAAAAUUUCUACUAUUUAAAUUCAUAUUUGGCAAAGGCUUACAAUGAUAAUGAUUCGGUGAUUUGUUCCAUGGAUGAUGAUAUUAUUUUUGCUUCACAAAUACAAAACAAUAAUUAUUCUAAUUCCACAAUUAAAUUAGAUUCUGAUGUGGAAGAUUUUAUAUCAUCAAAUACAAAUUCAGAAUCGAUUACUAUUAUAGAAUCAGAAAAUAAUAAUUUAAUUAAAAAAAAAGAUGAAAAAUCAAUAUAUGAAAUCAAGGAAUUUUCAAAAGAAAAUUGUGAAUUUCAAAUUGAUGAUGAUUUAUUUAUUUGUAAUCCAUUUUCUUCCUCACAUCAAAAAAUGCCAAAAGUUUAUCGAAUGUGUUCAGAUAAAUAUUUAUACACAAACCAUGUCGGUUUAAGUGAUGACAGUGUAAAACUAGAGGAAACUAAUUCAAGUGAUAGUAUUAGAGCAGAAGACACCAAAAACAAUAUUAAAACUAAAUUUACACAAUGUGAUAGUUCAAAAGCGAUUUCUAACGAUAAGGAAACAAGUUAUUUUAACAGGACGAAUAAAAACAUUUCGAUAGAAAUCAGUGAUACUCCAUUACUUUUCACACAAGAUGAUGAUCAUUUAAAAAAUGUUCCCAGUAUUGAAGAUGUAACUCCAGAUAUAUUAUUUUCUACACAAGCCCAUCAGAAAAAUGCAGAAAUUAAAAAUCAUUUGGAAGACAGCACCAUAUUAUUAAACGAUUUAAAAUAUAAAUUAGAGUCAAUGCAGUCGACACAACAGCAGAUGAAAUCUCAAUCUGAUCUUGAAACUAAAAUAAUUAAUUUCAAUAUAUCAGUGUCAUGUUUAAUAAUUUCAAAAGCGACAAAAAUAAUUGAAAAAUUUAUAUUAAACUCAUUUCAAGAUCACAAUACAAAUAACAAAAAUGAUUCGACAUUUUUUUUAGGAGAAAAUUUAUUUUCUGAAAAAGAUAAAAUUAAUAGAGUCGAAUGGGCAAAUGAAAAUUUACUACUACUCAAAUUAGAUGAAUUACUUAGUUUUUCAUUGAGAAAAAAAAAAACAGUUAAAGAAAAAAAUUUUUUACCAAAAAAGUCUCUUGGUAUUAAAAGAAGUAGAAAAUGUCAAUCGGUAAUGAUUUUAGAUGAAAAACAUUCUGAAAUAAUCGUUGAUAAUAAUUUAUCGUUUAAAAAAUUAAAAGAAGAUAAUAAUGAUUCAAUAUUAAGCACACAAAUUUUAUCAUCAAGUAGUACCGGAGAAAAUGAUUUAAAAUUUUCUAUUAAUACGAAUAGUAGGCAAAGGGUUUUAGCAAAAGUUACAAACAUGAGAUAUUAUCCUGGAAUUCUUCUGGAAGAAUUAAAAGAAAAUGUUUGGGUUGUAAAAUUUAACGAUGACAACAUAGACGAAGUAAAAAAAGAAAAUAUGAUCCCUUGGGAUCAAUUAGGAAAAAAUGAUUCGGUUUUGGAACGGAGGGAAAAUUUAAAUUUGACCACCGAUCAAAAAACGGAAACGGAAAAUUCAGAAUUCAUAACGGAAAUCGAUUUAGUUUCGGCCGAAUUAAAAGAUGUUAAUAUUUCAAAUGCGGUUAUGAUUGUCGAAAAUUCAAAUUGUUUAAAAAAUUCCAAUCGAAAACGUUAUAAACGUAAAAAAAAAUAA